AUGGACCUGGUGGUUGUAUAUCUACUCACCCUUGUCAUAGGCUUAUUACUCUGGCUACUUUACCAGAAAUGGUCGAGCAAUCGAAAAUGCCCUCUACCCCCGGGGCCCUCUGGUGUGAGGGUGUUCUCAGAGAUUAUCAGCGCCCUCCAGUCUCAGAGGGUCCACUUGUCGGCGGAGAAAUGGGCCCAGAAGUAUGGCGAUAUGUUUUCUGUGAACGCCGUCGGGAAGACGAUGGUGUUUUUGAACACAUCCGAAUUGGUCCGAGAAGUCAUGAACGGUGCGGACUACAAAGCAGUCACCAACGACCGACCCGCGACGUUCUUCGGUAAAUACGUGGCCAACAACUAUAGUAACAUCACAGAGUUCGUGACGUACGACAGCACGUUGGUGUAUUUCAGGAAAAUGUUCCACAACUCCCUGAAACUUUACGGGGACGGGGUUCACAGUUUUGAAGCCUUGGCGUUAGAUGAGCUCCAAAACGUUGGCCACAAUCUCAGGACGUCUUUCGGAAAUGUUGACAUGGAAACAGUGUUUUCGGAGUCACUUUUACGUGUCAUUCAUAUCCUGAUAACAGGCGAGAGUGCCGACAGGGAGAGUGACAUCAUAGAUAACAUGAGGAACUACAACUUGUGGGGUAAUCGCCUGAACGGCUUCGACGUCCAGACGGUGCUCGCAGCGUUCCCUCUGUUGAGGCACUUCCCGAUCAAACAUGGCCGCAUCUGGCAGAACGCUGUCAAGUAUAGGGAUGCCGUGGCUCGAGUAUUUGUCAAGGAUCGGAAGGUGAGGAGCUCUUUCUUCUAUUGUCGGUAA